GGGUUUAAAACAGGAGGGCGGACAGGUUCCUUUGAUCUUAUCUGAACGUAUGUAAUGGAUGGAAAAUGCUGACGUCAUUGCCAGCCCACAGAGAAGCGACGAAAAGCGAAUCACACCCUCGAAUAUUCAACUUCUCUCUCACCUCUUUCUCUGUCGACUGGGGAAAAAAAAAAUGUAUACCACGCAUCAAAGAUUCGUUUUGUACGCGACGCCCCGACUUCGAUCUCUUUCUUUCCUUCCCUCUCCUCACUUCUCAUCCUUCUUCCUAUCAUUUUUUCCAAACGCCAAACCUUAAUCUUAUAAAAUUCUCUCUCUAAAGAAAGCUUCUUUUUUUUUUUUUUUUUCUUUUUGUUUGGGCAUAGUUUGGUUUGGGUUGUCUUUAAGUUGAUUCCGUUUUCUGAUUCUAUUUAGAUCCCAUAUUCUCCUCUCCUUUAAUUUCCCUCUCGUUGGUUCGGAUCUAUCUAUGCUUAGACCACCAAAACCCACUUCAUCAUAUAAUCUGCUUCAUCAUCAACGGCUAUAUCACCAUCACCAUCAUCAUUAGCAGUAACAAGGGGAAAAAAUGGAUUAUGCAGAGAAGAUGCAGCGGUGCCAUGAAUAUGUGGAGGCAUUAGAGGAAGAAAAGCGUAAGAUUCAAGUUUUUCAACGCGAGCUUCCUUUGUGUUUAGAGCUUGUCACGCAAGCGAUCGAGGCUUGUAGGAGGGAGUUAUCGGGUACGACGACGGAGUACAUGCAUGGGCAAUCAGAGUGCUCGGAGCAAACGAUGAGUGAAGGAACUAGACCUGUGCUUGAGGAAUUUAUUCCCAUCAAGAGGACUAAUUCUUCUUCUGAUAAUGAUGAUAAUGAAAAUGAUAAUGAUGAUCAAGAACAGCAUUCACACAAGCGAAACCAAACUAUCAUCAGCAACAGCAGCAACAAGGACAAAAACAGCAGUGAUCAUAAGAAGAAAUCUGAUUGGCUUAGAUCUGUCCAGUUGUGGAAUCAGUCCCCAGAUCCACCUCCCAAAGAGGAUGUGCCCAGAAAGGCAGUGGUGACGGAGGUGAAGAGGAAUGGAGGUGCAUUUCAGCCAUUUCACAAAGAGAAAACUACAGGGAAGAGUAUUCAGACUAUUGCUAAAACCCCAUCUUCAGUGCCGGCUUCCGCAACCAGUUCGACGGCGGGGACAGGAGCAGGAGCAGGGACGGGUAGUGGAAGUAGCAGAAAAGAAGAGAAAGACGGGCAAAGUGAAAGAAAGCAAAGGCGGUGUUGGUCACCGGAGUUGCAUAGACGCUUCUUGCAAGCCCUUCAACAGCUUGGUGGUUCACAUGCUGCAACGCCAAAGCAGAUUAGGGAGAUAAUGAAGGUGGAUGGACUAACUAAUGAUGAAGUGAAGAGCCAUUUACAGAAAUACCGUUUGCAUACGAGAAGACCAAGCCCGGCAGUCCACAACAACAGCAAUCCACAAGCACCUCAGUUUGUAGUUGUUGGAGGCAUAUGGGUGCCACCACCUGAAUAUGCAGCAGUGGCUACAACAACAGCAUCAGGGGAAACAGCCACCUUAGCUGCAGCGGCCAACGGAAUCUAUGCUCCGGUGGCUGCACCACCACCCACUGCCCCUCAAAUUCUACAAAAGCAGAAACAUACACAAUCUGAGCAGAUGCAAUCAGAAGAAAGGGACAGCCAUAGUGAAGGCGGUGCUCGAUCUAAUUCCCCUGCUACAUCUUCCUCAACACAUACUACCACAAAUUCCCCUUUGUUUUGAUUGUCAUAACAGGAGAUCAGGCUGUAAAAUUUUGUAACCAAAUAAUAGAAAAAAGGCUUAUAUAUUUUGACUUAGACAUUAUUCAAAUGGAGUCUUUUUGGAAUAAACGGGUCCUUGUACUUCA